AGUGAAUGGUAAACCACAUGGUGUUGUGAACAGUGAACUCUCUUGUAAAAGUGUUGUGCUUGUUUUAUCUUCAGAUCCCGAUGAUGCAACACUAAGCAACAAUGGGUGUGGUUUCUGUAGCAGCUGCGGCCACUAAGGCGGCUCUCGCAAUCGGCGGCCUUAGCAAACUCUCCAUCAUCCCAGUCCUAUUAGCAGCUAUGGCGUAUUUCAACUAUGAAACCCUCGAUCCUGAACAAAGACCCUUUAACCAAAAACAUCUUCGAGAGAAAUAUGACUUCAUUAUCGUUGGAGGAGGUUCAGCUGGCUCAGUUCUGGCCAAUAGGCUGUCGGAAAUAGAAGGAUGGAAUGUACUGCUCCUAGAAGCUGGAGGACACGAAACUGAUAUCAGUGAUGUUCCUCUGCUGUCGCUAUAUCUACACAAGAGUAAACUGGACUGGAAGUAUCGUACUCAGCCUCAAGACACUGCUUGCCAAGCCAUGAUUGACAAACGCUGCGCUUGGACAAAAGGCAAAGUUUUGGGAGGUUCGUCAGUCCUGAAUACCAUGCUGUACAUCAGAGGAAACAAACGAGAUUUUGACCACUGGGUGGAGCAGGGUAAUCCAGGCUGGGGCUACGAAGACGUACUGCCAUACUUCAAGAAGUCACAAGAUCAACGAAACCCAUACUUAGCCAAGGACACAAGACAUCACUCAACAGGAGGAUACUUAACAGUGCAAGAUUCACCAUUCAACACGCCAAUAGGAGCAGCCCUUAUACAAGCAGGAGAAGAAAUGGGUUACGACUUCGUCGACGUAAAUGGUGCCCAACAAACCGGCUACGCUUGGUACCAGUUCACCAUCCGGAGAGGAACUAGAUGUUCCGCAGCGAAAGCUUUUCUAAGGCCGGUCAGAUUACGUCAAAACCUUCACAUUGCACUAUUUACUCACGUUACUAAAGUACUUAUUGAUAAAGAUGGCAAGAGAGCUUAUGGUGUCGAAUUCAUAAGAGAUGGUGAAAAGCAAGUAGUCUAUGCUACUCGCGAAGUGAUUCUGUCAGCUGGCUCUAUUGGAUCACCACAAUUGCUUAUGUUGUCUGGCGUAGGACCCGCAAAUCAUUUACAAGAAGUAGGAGUAGAUGUGAUCCAAGAUUCUCCCGGAGUUGGCAGAAACUUGCAAGAUCAUAUUGCAGUCGGUGGCAUUGUAUUCCGUAUAGAUCAACCCAUCAGUUUAGUUAUGAACCGACUUGUUAAUAUAAAUUCUGCUUUGCGAUAUGCAAUUACUGAAGACGGCCCUCUGACAUCAAGUAUAGGAUUAGAAGUUGUUGCUUUUAUAAAUACCAAAUACGCGAAUGCUUCUGAUGACUGGCCUGAUAUUGAGUUUAUGAUGACGUCAGCUUCAACUCCAUCAGACGGUGGUACGCAAGUCAAGAGAGCUCACAGUCUCACUGAUGACUUCUACAACGAAGUGUUUUCCGAAAUAAACAAUAAAGAUGUUUUUGGUAUUUUCCCUAUGAUGUUGAGACCGAAGAGUCGUGGAUUCAUAAAGCUGCGAAGUAACAAUCCUUUGGACUAUCCCAUUAUGGUACACAAUUAUCUAACGCAUCCUGAUGAUGUUGGAGUUUUGCGAGAAGGUGUUAAGGCUGCAAUAGCUGUUGGGGAAACUACAGCCAUGAAGAGAUUUGGAGCAAGAUUCCACAGCAAGCCCUUACCAAACUGCAAGCAUUUACCUCCAUUCACAGAUGAAUACUGGGACUGCUACAUACGUCAGUAUACUAUGACAAUUUAUCACAUAUCCUGCACAGCGAAGAUGGGGCCUUCAAGUGAUCCUAUGGCGGUCGUAGAUCCUCAACUACGAGUUUACGGUAUACAAGGCCUUCGAGUGAUAGACGCUAGUAUAAUGCCUACUAUAACUAAUGGUAACAUCAACGCUCCCGUAAUGAUGAUUGCCGAGAAGGGAGCUGACAUGAUCAAGGAAGAAUGGAUGGCCAAGCCUAACAAAAAACGAAGAACGCGCCGUUCAGCUAAAUGUGCUAUAUUAGAACAUUUGGGUUUGAACAGUGAUAGAAGGAAAAAGUACUGCAGAACUGAAAGAUGAUGGUUAAGCAAAGAGUAGACAAAUUCUAAGCCAUAUUUUAGAUAGGUAUAAAUAAUGUACAAUUGACUAUACCAAAUGGGUUAUAGUGUAAGCAUGGACGCAGUAAAAGGUUAUAUUUAUAGGGGAAUUAGAGAUAGGUGCACUAUUCCUAAAAGUCGUGGAGUAUGAGAGAAUAUUUUUAUAGCUAACUUUAGAACACUAGAUACAUACAAUGUGUACCUCAUUGUUAAGUAGACAGUCGUUACCGUAAAAGUUCUAGUCUUUAUCAACAAUAAUGUAAAGUAAAAUAAACGUAGUAUUAUAGCUUAAACAGUCAUAGGAAUCAUCACAUAUUACCACAAUAAUGAAGUAGUCACGAGGUAAGAUUUUAAAUUUCUACGGAAAGCUUGUUAUCACUUUAAUAUUUAAUUUAGUUUAAGGGGUGCAAUGUCGGAUUUGAAUGGUAAAAUAGCACAAUGGUCAUUAUGUUAUAUGGUUAAGAUAAAUGAUUUAUUGUAAAUACAAAUUGUAUCAUUAAUUACAAUAUUUUUAUUCGU